AUGCUUAUGUCACAGUGGGUGGAGGUGAUGAGUAUGACAUUGAACAGUGCCGUAGGAAGAAUUUGUAUCUGCAGGAGCAGAAGUAGGAGUAGCAGGGAUACCGGAACAGUAUCGAUCGUGGCCAUUUGCAGUGGUCUGAUUGCUGUACCUCUAACCUACGCUUACUUGAGUGAACCAUCCAUCAUUGUGUUUGCCGACGACUACAAAUCAUAA